AUGGGAGACCAUUAUAUACCCAGUUCCCAGUGCAGAGAUAUCAGAUCGUUUAUCGAUGCAGGGGUCAUAAGACUCUGCCGAAUGAAAGCUGUAACGUUGUCACUCCGAGAUAUCAAACAUGUCCCUCAUGGUGAGACGCUAGACCCCAUCGGGCCACGAAGCCAUGAUAGCACCUUCAGCGCAGCUACGAGUAUUCCUGGCCAUAUUCCUGGCAUCACGAAUAUGACACCCAUCUCACGUGUAUCCCGUCCAAAUCACCGCCUGGUAUUUCCAGCGCGCAAACACCUUACCUCGAGCUUCACGCGCGCCGUGCGAGCCUCCGCAGCCCAGCCCAACCUGCGCUUUUUCUCUACGUGCCCGUCUCUGAGAAGCGCAUCGGCUUCCACGCCCAAGACACACAUAUUUCACCAUGUAGCACCGCUGAGGACAUAUCGCCGAGAUCUACUGCUCAAUAAGCGUACCGUUGGCCUCGUGCCUACCAUGGGCGCCCUACACGAGGGGCACGCAUCCCUCGUCCGCCACGCCGCAGCCGAGAACACAGACGUGUUUGUCACCAUCUACGUAAACCCGACGCAAUUCGGGCUGAACGAAGACCUAGCCUCGUACCCAAAGACAUGGGACUCGGAUCUGCAGAUGCUGCACAAGCUCGAUGAAGAGCUGGCGAGCGCAGGCCACGGGCGCGUCACAGCCGUGUUUGCGCCCAGCACCAAGACCAUGUAUCCUACACUGCCUCCAGACAGCAGCAUCCCCGGUGUCGGAAGCUUUAUUGAGAUGCGCCCGCUCGGCCAAGUACUCGAAGGCGCCUCACGGCCCGUCUUCUUCCGCGGCGUAGCAACCGUAUGCAUGAAGCUCUUCAACAUCUGCACGCCCGACCGCGUCUACUUUGGCCAGAAAGACAUCCAACAGACCCGGGUCAUCAACCGGCUGAUCAAAGACUUCCAUCUUGACACACAAUUGCGCAUCAUCCCCACAUCCCGCGAAGCAGACGGCCUCGCGCUCUCCUCGCGCAACGUCUACCUCGGCACGCGCAGGCGCAACAUGGGCAUCGUGCUGUACCAAGCGCUCCGCAAAGCCGAAUCGCAAUACCGAGUUGGCAAGCGGUCCCGCGGCGACAUCCUCUGGCCUGCCGUCGACCACGGAAACAAGAUGGUGCUAGAGCAGGAAAGGAUGGAGCCGGGUCAGCGCGCCCUGUUUGAAGUCGACUACCUGAGUCUCGCGGAUCCCGACACCAUGGAGGAAAUCGACCAUGUGGAUGAGACCCGCGGUGCGAUUCUCAGCGGAGCCAUCAAGAUGCUGCCGAUUGAGGAGGCUCGGGACGGGGAAGAGCUGGGCGUUGGAGAGGGAAAGAUUGCGGUGAGGUUGAUUGAUAAUAUUGUGUUGGAUGCAGUGAAAUGA